AUGCAGUACCUUCCUGCAGCAACGGUGUCCAGUCAAACUGAACUGCGAUCGUGCUACGAUUGCUGCAUGUGGCAUCGUAGCCAGCACCAAGAUGCCAGCGUCAGUCCUACAUGCAGGCGAGACGUCAACACAGUCGGGCAUGACGAUGUUAUGACCACAACGCAGUUGUCUCAUGUGCUACAUCCGACGACGCCAGCUGCUGUCAGUCUGCGCGAAGUCCUAUGUUACAAGGCAAAGCACCACGUUCUGUCAGCCUUCAUUGAGGUAGACGACAGCAUUUUCUGCAAAGGAGCCGGUGAAAGCGGGAACUCGGCGGUAUUCCUAGAUGGUCUCGAGACAUUGACGACACUCCCAGAGUAUGUGCAACAUGUAGCAAGCUUCAGUCAAACUCGACGGGGCCAGGGCCUUGUCGUAGAAGCACAAUCAGCCAUUCCCAUCUUUUCGUGGGCGGUUCUGUCAAACCUGUCGAAUGUCACGUGCUUGAACAUCGAAUGCAACAACCACGUAACAAGGCUACAGCCGAGCUCGGAAAAGCAGCAGAGAGAAUCAUCGGGAAGCUACAAACAGGCUCGGAACGACAUGAGCGGCACAUGGUGCAGGUCCUUCGAGAGAAACUCGAAAGAGCUGCAGAGUCACCAGAACGCGAUUACGGCGUGA